AGAAGGCAAGCGCGGUCGCGCAAUUUUUACAAAAGUCGUGAUCCCAAUAUUUUUUCGCUUUCUCUCUCUCUCCCUCUCUCUACAUCCUUUUUCUCUUCAAACUCUUUUUUUCCUCCGUCGGUUUCCUGCCCUAACUUUGGAAUAAUCGACCUUCUACACCCCAUCUAACUUUUUAACACAAAAAAAACUUUACUUACUUAAUUCAUCAUGAGAGAAAUCAUCUCGUUGCACGUUGGUCAAGCUGGUGUCCAGAUUGGUAACUCCUGCUGGGAAUUGUACUGCCUUGAACACGGCAUCUCGCCAGAUGGUCACAUUCCUGAAGAGCUCAACACCGGUGACAACUCGUUUGAUACCUUCUUCAGCGAGACCUCUGCUGGCAAGCACGUUCCCCGUACCGUCUUUGUCGAUUUGGAACCCACUGUUGUUGACGAGGUCCGCACUGGUGCCUACCGUCAGUUGUUCCAUCCUGAGCAACUCAUCACCGGCAAGGAGGAUGCUGCCAACAACUACGCACGUGGUCACUACACCGUAGGCAAGGAGCUUGUCGACUCGGUCAUGGACCGUAUCCGCAAGCUGGCCGACAACUGCAGUGGUUUGCAAGGUUUCUUGGUCUUCCACUCCUUUGGUGGUGGCACUGGUUCCGGCUUUGGUGCUCUCUUGUUGGAGCGCUUGUCUCUCGACUAUGGCAAGAAGUCCAAGCUCGAGUUCUCCAUCUACCCUGCUCCCCAGGUCUCGACCUCGGUUGUCGAGCCCUACAACUCGAUCCUGACCACCCACACCACCUUGGAGCACUCGGAUGUUUCGUUCAUGGUCGACAACGAGGCCAUCUACGACAUCUGCCGCCGCAACUUGGACAUUGAGCGCCCUUCGUACUUGAACCUGAACCGCUUGAUUGCUCAGGUCGUCUCGUCCAUCACCGCCUCGCUCCGCUUUGACGGUUCGUUGAACGUCGACUUGAACGAGUUCCAGACCAACUUGGUGCCUUAUCCCCGUAUCCAUUUCCCUCUGGUCACCUACGCCCCCAUCAUCUCGGCUGCCAAGGCCUACCACGAGCAGCUCUCGGUCCAGGAAAUCACCAGCGACUGCUUCGAGCCUAACAACCAGAUGGUCAAGUGCGACCCCCGCCACGGCAAGUACAUGUCCUGCUGCUUGUUGUACCGUGGUGACGUUGUCCCCAAGGACACCAACGCCGCCAUUGCCAACAUCAAGACCAAGCGCACCAUCCAGUUCGUCGACUGGUGCCCUACUGGCUUCAAGGUCGGUAUCAACUGCCGUCCCCCGGCUGCCGUUCCUGGCGGUGACUUGGCAAACGUCCAGCGCGCCUUGUGCAUGUUGAGCAACACCACUGCCAUCGCCGAGGCCUGGGCCCGUUUGGACCACAAGUUCGAUUUGAUGUACGCCAAGCGUGCCUUCGUCCACUGGUACGUCGGUGAGGGUAUGGAGGAAGGUGAAUUCUCUGAGGCCCGUGAAGAUUUGGCCGCUCUUGAGAAGGAUUACGAGGAAGUUGGCUCUGACUCGCUUAAUGACUCUGAGAUGGAAGAGGUCGAGGAAUAUUAAGCAGCCCAAUCCCACCCAACCACCCCCGCAUAAUAUAGCAUCUCUCUCUCUCUCUCUCUCUCUUUUUUUUUUUAUUUUAAUACCUUUUCCUAAUCUCUCUCAAAAAAAGAACAAUAUAAGCCUUUUUUUUACUUGCAUGCAUGCAUUCAAUCGAAAAA